UACACAAUGUCAGAUUGUUAAAGACUCAUUCUUCCCCGACUACGCACAUAAAUACAGUCAAAGCAGCAUACACUCCUCACCAGACUUCUCGGUGUAAAUCAACGGCCAAAUGCCGGGCUCGUCACCCGAAACACAUCUCAGUCGACCAGCUUUGCCAGGAUCAGACGCUAGUUCUUCAAAACGCCCCAAAUAUGACUCUAGAUAUGGUGAGCUAGACCUUGCUGAGCUUGUCCAAGAGCUGGUAUCUUAUGAGACAUGCUUGGACACUGACUUUGAGUCUACUAAGAUCUCUGCUUGCGCCGACGGUGUAGUCGCUACUAAGAAGUCUCUCGCCAACGCACACUUUCUAUAUGAUGGCGAUGACCUCCAGAACGUCCCAUUUCCACAAGAGCUAGUGUCCGAUACUCACAUUGCGUGGCCAAAUCGGCGCGGCCGUGCCCCUGCUUCUCUGCAUCUUCACGUUGAAUCUGUUCUAGCAGCUUCCACCUUUUCAACUGCUGCACAUGUAGGUGCGAUCUGUGACUUGCUCAACAGCUUACUAUCUCCAGGUCCCCUAUCCACAGGUCCAGCAGGUUACACGUAUACAGCACUGUCAGCCCGCACACCAGAGCUCGAGUCGUUCCGUUAUGAUCACGGCAUCCGUUUUAAGAGGCGUGUCUCAUCUCGCGCUAUUCUGCACUGGGGGCUGUUAUGCGAUGAGGACGCUGCGCCGACUCGGUUCAAGGAGAGGGUUGUUGCAUUCUUCAAGUCGACGAAUACGAAAACGGUGUGCGCAGUCCGUAAGAGGAAGAGUGUCUUUGGACAGGCAAAGCAAUGGGUUAGUAAGAAGGUCGGUGUGAUUCGUACAAUGUGAGACCGGCGUUCUAAUCCGCUGCAAACAUGGCACAUGUUUCGGGUGGAGCAACCCGAUGCUAGAUGAUUAAGUUACUCCAGUGAGUCUUCCAUAGUAUUCAAAUUGUUACUUGAUAUCGCUAUUUGUAAUUAGUAAAUAACUUUAACCACAA